AGCAAUGCGGCGAACUCAUCAAAGAGCAAAACCUAAAUUUUAGAUCCUUCGAAACCACCACCCCUACUUCUCUUGAGUUGAAUUUAGAUUUUAGAAUCUCACAUUCUAAGGGUUCAGAAACAUGGCUUCAAGAACUGCCUCCAAAGAUAUAAUCACUCUUCGCGGAUCAGCCGCUAUUGUCAGUGAAUUCUUCGGUUAUGCUGCAAAUAGUAUUUUAUACAACCGCGGUGUGUACCCGGAAGAGAGUUUUGCGAAGGUGAAGAAAUAUGGGCUUCCGAUGUUGCUCACUCAAGAUGAAGGUGUCAAAACCUUCAUUUCCAACUUAACAGCCCAAAUUUCUGAGUGGCUCGAGGCCGGGAAACUACAGAGGGUUGUGCUUGUGAUCAUGAGUAAGGCCAGUGGCGAGGUGUUAGAGAGGUGGAAUUUCAGUAUUGAGACAGACAGUGAGGUUGUUGAGAAAGGUGUUUCAAGGGAGAAGAGUGAUAAAGAAAUAAUGCGCGAAAUUCAAGCGAUUAUGAGACAAAUAGCUUCCAGCAUUACAUAUCUCCCAUGCCUUGAUGAAGCAUGCGUGUUCGAUGUGUUAGCCUACACUGAUACAGAUGUUGCAGUCCCGUUCACUUGGAUCGAAAGUGACCCUAAACUGAUAGCAAAUCCACAAAUGGUCAAAUUGCAUUCCUUUGACACCAAGAUACACAAGGUUGACACUCUGGUUUCCUACAAGAAUGAUGAUGAGUGGGAUGAGGCAUGAAUGAAUGUUGGUUAAAUGUUGGGCACUUGUGUUUUUAAGUUUGUGAAUCGUCAAUUCACAUUUAGUAUUAUGUAAGUGAGAGGAAAGUCCUAAACCCUCCCUCUCUCUGUAUAACAAGAUUUAUGUUAUUGAUCAAUGAUUUCAUUUAUGUGAUGUUGGAUUUGCUUUUCCAA